AUGAGAAAACCAAAAGUUCGAUCAGAUGCCGAAGAGCAGCCCCGAUCGUGGUGUCUCUAUCUGAUCUUUCCUCCACUUUUCUCAUCAAUUCGUUUCUUUUAUCCAUUCUGCAAUGCAUUCAUCGCUUUGGAGAAAUUGCUUGUGAUUGCGGCGCCGAGUUUCCAUCGUCGACUCACCUAUGUGACUGUUCAUCGCAUAUAUUUGAUUUUAACGGCUCUCUUGGCUAUCUUGAUGACAGGUUUCAUUAUCUAUUGGAGUCGAGUAAACGAUGUGAAAUCGUCGAUUGUUUGCUCCAAUUCCGGUUAUCCGGAUUUGGUUCAUAAAAGCGAAUCGAUGGUGGUGAUGGUUGUGCUGAGCUUUGGUUUCUUUUGUUAUUUGCCCGUGCUUGCACAAAUCAAAAAGUUCGUCGAUCGAUCCCGUUGCGAAAGCUCAUCAAACAAUCGGGCUUAUUACGUGAAAUUCGUCUCAGCAGUGAAAUGGACGAGUCUGAUUUUGUUGUCGAUGUUGAUCUUCAACCUUACGCCUGAGAUUUGCAACUUUUUACAACUUGACAUCUAUCGUGGUUACGAGUUCUAUUUCUAUCUUCUUUUUGCCGCAAAACCUUUAUUUAACACGUUCGUGAUCGGUUUCGGGAAUCGUGAUGUAAGGAGCCGAAUUUCGAGACUUUUUUGCGCAAAGGAACGACGAAAGAAAUCGAUCAGCGCCUGGCCAUCAGCACAAUCGGCUCUUGGUCAAGAAAGGCGGAAAAGUUCAAAAGGAAAUGAUCCUCAUUUUGUGAAUAAA